AUGGCAUUAAAAUGGUUAAUGACUUCGAUGUCAUUGAGAGGGCAGCUCCUCAGAUGGAGAGAAGAACUCCAAGAUUAUGAUUUCGAAAUUGAUUACCGACCAGGAUCCGCCCAUGGGAAUGCUGACGCCCUUUCUCGCCGACCCACGUCCGAGGAAAACCCAGCACUUGAGAUCGAAAUCACCCCAGAAGAUCGCCAAAUGUACCAAAAGUUAGGAAUCAAACCUCCCAAUACUGGCGCCUUUCGCAAGGUCCAGGUCAACGCUAUCACCCGCAGCCAAGCCCGGCAGAUAGCCACCCUCGAAGAGGAGGUAGAAGAUGAUUGGUCACCCCCCCCGUCGGAGAGCGAAGAACCGAAUGUACAAGAUUACCCUGAUGAUCCAGAAGCCAAUAAAUCACCCAACUCCCCAUGUUUAUGUGAGGACCGAACGCCCAAUGAUCAAGUUCAUCAACAACUCGCCCUCCAAGAUGAAACCAACGGAAAAGAUUGGACCGAAGAGGAACGCCCCAACAGCGAACCCGCAGCACAAAUGGCUAAGUAUCACCUACCUACAGAACAAAAGGAGGAUGCCACGCUCAAACAGAUAAACAAGAAAGAGUCUGCGUGCCAGACGCCUUGAUCCCCGAUCUUCUCAGAUGUCUACAUCAUCAUCCUUUAGCCGGACAUCAAGGACGAGUCCGCACCUAUAACCAAGCCCGACGUCAUUUCUAUUGGCCCG